GCAUUGGGAAGGUGAAACGGAAAACGGGGACGCGUGACGCUGCCUCCAACGCCGACGCCGACAUGUACUCCGACAACGGCGAGCGCCUGUACGACCUCAACCUGCCGGCGCUCGUCAAGUUCAGCUACACCGCCGAGCGGGAGGACGAGCUCUCAUUGGUCAAGGGCACGCAUGUCAUCGUCAUGGAGAAGUGUAGCGACGGCUGGUGGCGUGGGGGGUACCAGGGGCGUUCCGGGUGGUUCCCUUCCAACUACGUAACGGAGGACGCAGAUGGGACAGCGUGGGGAGGAGGGGGUGAAAGUUUGGGGGACCCAGUAGGGUCGCUGACGGCGAAGCUAGCAGCAGUGAUUCACAGUGCGUCUAACGGGAACCGGGUACUCCACACGGUGCAGGCGCUGUACCCCUUCAGCUCGGGGAACGACGAGGAGCUGAACUUUGAGAAGGGAGAGGUGAUGGAGGUGGUAGAGAAACCAGACAACGACCCUGAGUGGUGGAAGUGUCGUAAAGCAGACGGGCAGCUGGGACUAGUGCCUAAGAACUACGUCACUGUGCUGCCUCCCCAGCAGGACUCCACUACCCAGAAUGCCUCACCGGGCCCCGCGGGCCCGCCCACGCCUGACUGUGACUACAUCUCUCCAGCCACGGUGGGGCGGUUUGCGGGGAAGCAGUGGUACUAUGGCAAGGUGACGCGUCAUCAGGCAGAGGUGGCUCUCAACCAGAGAGCAGAGGAGGGAGACUUCCUCAUCAGAGACUCUGAGUCAUCGGUGAGUGGUGACCUUCAUAUACAGUUGAAGUUUACAAAUAUCUUAGCCAAAUACAUUUAAACUCAGUUUUUCACAAUUUAAUCAUAGUAAAAAUUCCCUGUUUUUAGGUUUAUAAAAAAUAAAUAACUGAAAUAUGACAUUUACAUUUACAAGUAUUCAGACCCUUUACUCAGUACUGUGUUGAAAUACCUUUGGCAGUGAUUACAGCCUUGAGUCUUCUUGGGUAUGACGCUACAAGCUUGGCACACCUGUAUUCGGGGAGUUUCUCCCAUUCUUCUCUGCAGAUCUUCUCAAGCUCUGUCAGGUUGGAUGGGGAGUGUUGCUGCACAGCUAUUUUCAGGUCUCUCCAGAGAUGUUGGAUCGGGUUCAAGUCCAGGCUCUGGCUGGGCCACUCAAGGACAUUCAGAGACUUGUCCCGAAACCACUUCCGCGUUGUCUUGGCUGUUUGCUUAGGGUCGUUGUCCUGUUGGAAGGUGAACCUUCGCCCCAGUUUGAGGUCCUGAGUGCUCUGGAGCAGGUUUUCAUCAGGAAUCUCUCUGUACUUUGCUCCGUUCAUUUUUGCCUCGAUCCUGACUAGUCUCCCAGUCCCUGCCGCUGACAAACAUCCCCACAGCAUGAUGCUGCCACCACCAUGCUUCACCGUAGGGAUGGGUGUUCUCGGGGUAAUGAGAGGUGUUGGGUUUGCGCCAGACAUAGCAUUUUCCUUGAUGGCCAAAAAGCUCAAUUUUAGUCUCAUCUGACCAGAGUACCUUCUUCCAUAUGUUUGGGGAGUCUCCCACAUGCCUUUUGGCGAACACCAAACAUGUUGGCUUCUUUUCUUUAAGCAAUGGCUUUUUUCUGGCCACUCUUCUGAUGUUUUUCAUCGGCAGGGACUGGGGAACUGGUCAGAAUUGAAGGAAUGAUGGAUGAAAAAUCCCAGUGGCUAGAUGUGCCAAGCUUAUAGAGACAUACCCCAAGAGACUUGCAGCUGUAAUUGCUACAAAAGGUGGCUCUGCAAAGUAUUGAUUUUGGGGGGGGGGGGUGAAUAGUUAUGCACGCUCAAGUUUUCAGUUUUUUUGUCUUAUUUCUUGUUUGUUUCACAAGAAAAAAUAUUUUGCAUCUUCAAAAUUGUAGGCAUGUUGUGUAAAUCAAAUGAUUAAAAAAAAAAAAACAUCAAUUUUAAUUCCAGGUUGUAAGGUAACAAUUAGGAAAAAUUCCAAGGGGGGUGAAUACUUUCGUAAGCCACUGUAUACCAUAUAUAUUAUUAUUAUUAUUAUUAUUAUUAUUAUUAUAUACCAUGUGUAUCCUGUACAUAUGACUAAUUAACUUGAAACUGUUGGUGCUCAUGGGUCCUUUUAGAUGAAAAUGCCACAUUGCAGUCACAAGUAGUAGAAUCUGGUAUGAGAUAUAUAGGGCUGCAUUUACUGUCUGCUCAGUUUACAGCUUGACCUGUCUCUCUCUCUCGCUCUCUCCCUCUCUCCCUCUCUCCCCCUCUCUCUCUCUCUCUGUCUCUGUCUCUCUCUCUCUCCCUCUCUCUCUGUCACUCUCUCUCUCUGUCUCUCUCUCUCUCUCUCUCCUCUCUCUCUGUCUCUCUCUCUCUCUCUCUCUCUCUCUCUCUCUCUCUCUCUCUCUCUCUCUCUCUCUCUCUCUCGGUUUGUCUCUCUCUCGUCUCGCUCUCUCUCGGUCUCUCUGUCUGUCUCUGUCUGUCUCUGUCUCUCUCUGUCUCUCUCUUUCUCUCUCUCUCUCUCUCUCUCUCGCUCUCUCUCUCUCUCUCUCUCUCUCUCGCUCUCUAGCCCAAUGAUUUCUCCAUCUCUCUGAAGGCCCAGGGGAAGAACAAGCAUUUCAAGGUUCAGCUGAAGGAUGGUCUGUACUGCAUUGGCCAGAGGAAGUUUAGUUCCCUGGAGGACUUGGUGGAACACUACAAGAAGGCUCCCAUCUUCACCAGCGAGCAGGGAGACAAGCUCUAC